AUGAUUCAUAAAAUGUAUUUUUUUUUAAUACUUUUAUUUUCAUUAUUUAUUAUAGUUUAUUCGGCACCAAAUCGGGUAACCAGAAAUGAAACUUCUAUAGUAUAUACCUAUUCCCUUGAUAGUGAUUAUUAUACUCGUUUUGUUAUGUAUCUAAAUGCUACUACCUUAAGAACUGAUAUAGCUCCAAAUUAUUUUGAUUGCAGCCAAAUUGUCAACUCAGAGAGAUAUUGUGUAUUCCAUUUUGCUGAUUCAUUUUCAAGAUUAUGGGGAGCCGUUUACAGUAGAGUCUGUACAAGAACAGUAUCUGACCCAACGGAGGAUUGUCAAAGUACUUGGAUCACUGAUAAUGCUUUUCCAGAACCCCUCAAUGUAAAAUUUAGUGGAUAUCCAAGUACGUCUGGAGGUGAUGUUGUUUUUACUGGCCUUUUUUUAAGAUUGGCUGGAGGUCCUAAUACUCUUGCAAAUUCUUUUACUAACCCUUCAAAAACCUUUCUUAUUAAAGUUCAUGGUAAUUUCUCUGAUCCAAAUUUUAAUUGUAAUAAUUUCACUGCAACAUUUCCACCAAGUUCUGGGUAUAUCAAGGUAUAUUUUGAUGACACUGGAAAGAGUUCUCUUCAAUUACGAUAUGCUUCACCAACUGUAUCAAGUUUUAUUCUUGAUGAAUCAAAAAAAUUAGUAACAAUAAAUGGUGAUAACUAUUUCACAAAGAAUUCCUUAGUUCAAGUUUUUUUUGAUGGUAUUAUUCAAAACAAUAUUAAUAUUACAGUGAAUCAUUCACAAAUUCAAGUGAAUAACUUUAUUAGAGUUGAUCCUGGUCCAAUGUCUGUCAAUAUUACUAUAAACGCUGUUUCAAUUGAUAAUAAUUAUACUUAUUGUUUCCCAGCAGUGAUAUCAUCAAUCUCAUCGGUUUCAAAUCAUUUAGGUGGUGUUGUAACUAUUAAAGGUUCAAAGCUAUCUUCAACUUCAAUUAUUCCAACAAUUAAAAUUGGUGAUAAACAAUGUACAUUUAUUAAAUCAACAACAACUGAAUUAGAAUGUCAAUUAGAACCAAAUGAAACUGGUGGUAAACAUUUACCAGUUGAUGUUAAUUUCGGUGGUUGUAAUUCAACAAGUUCUGGUAGUGAUGCUGUAACCUUUACAUAUAGUAUUCCAACGCUAUCAAGUGGAACAUUAUCAAAUGGUAUAGUUACAUUAAUUGGUACAAAUCUUGGUACAAUUAAUGAUUCAUUCAUUCAAUUAAACUCCAAUGGAGCUAUUGACAAUGUAAAGAAUGAUCAAUUUAAUAUAUCAUCCGAUGAAACUACUGCUACAUUUAAAUUACCACUAUUAAAAUGUAAAUCAUUUUAUAUUAAUUUCACUCGUGUUGAUAUUUCAGCAAAUAAUAAACCUUCAAUUUCAGCACCAUUAUUAAUAUAUGUAAUCAAUAAACCUACAGUAUCAAAUGGAUCAAUAAAUAUUGAAUUAUAUUAUAUUGAUUGUCCAAUCAGUCCAUCAUCAACACCAAGUAUUACUGUGGGUAAUUCAUCAUCAGCUACUCAAUGCUCAAUACCAUCAUUAAAAAAUUUAUCAGAAUACUAUCAAACAACAUGUUCAAUACCAUAUGGUACUGGUACAAAUAAACAAUUCAAAUUCAAAUAUAAUUCAGAGGAAAGUAAUAGUGAAUUCUCAUAUGAACCACCAAAAGUUGAAUCACGUUCAUUCUCCAAAGGUCUAUUUAAUAUUACAAUUAAUGGUAAUAAUUUUGGUAACUCAACAUCAUUGAUUAAAGUUUAUUUCAAUGGUAGUGAUAUUUCAUCAGAAAUUCAAUCAUUAAAUGAUAAUCAAUUUACAUUUAAAAGAUUAAAUUCAUAUGAAAAUGGCCCAAUUAAUAUUACUGUAGAUGGCAAUAGUAAUAUGGAGCCAUCGUUUUAUUUAACAUUACCACCUGUUAUUUAUUCUAUAAUAAAUAAAGAAAAUAAAACAAUUGGUUGUGGUGGUCUAAUCACAAUUUCUGGUAAGAAUUUAUUAACAAGUGAUGAUAAAUUCAAAGUUAGAGUAUUAGCAAAUAAUGAAAAUACUACUGUAAUAGUUCCCGAUGAAAAAACAUUAAUUGUAAGAGCUAAUAAUAAAGAUAGUCCACUCUUUGUUUCAACAUUAAUUGGAGAUGAUUUGGGUCCAAAUACAACAUUAACAUAUUUUGAACCAAGAAUCACAGUUAUUCCAACAGUUAAAAAUAAAAAAGAUGGUAUUUCAAUAAGAGUGGGUGGUGUUAGUUUAUCAGGUAUUAUAAAUGCAAGUUUAGGAAUUUCAUCAGAAAAUGUUUCUCUUUCAUGUGAUUUACAAUGUAGUUUAUCUCCAAAUGAAACAUUUUAUUUAAGUAAUCCAAUACUAAGUUCAAAUGAAAAAGAUAUAACAAAUAGUACUGAUUGUUUAUCAUGUCAUUCAAUGAAUUCAAUUGUUGUUGAUGAAACAUCAGGAGUAUUAUAUCUCCAAUUAGGCCCAACAUCAUAUCAUUAUGAUGUUAAAAUCGAAGAAAUUCAAUCAUCAUUAAAUCCAUCAUCAUCAAAUGGUGGUGAAAGAAAAUCAUCAAAACUAUCAGGUGGUGCAAUUGCUGGUAUUACAAUUGGUUGUGUUGCUGGUGCUGGUGCUUUAGUUGGUUCUGUCUUUUAUUUUAAAUUAAUCACUCGUGUUAAAAAAGCAUUCAAUUAA